UUCCGGGAUCCCGGGAAUGCGAUUUUGCCGACCUCUAAUUUGGACUGCUCAUUUUUGAUAUUUCGGAGGGGGACGUUAAAAAUGUUAAAAUAAUAAAAAGUCAAGUAAACGAUUGAAGGUAAAUUUCUUUUUUAAUUUUCUGAUUGCCAACAAGUUUUUUUUAAUUUCUUAAAUUUUAGACUGUGAAACAAACUUUUAUAAAUUUUAAAUAUUUAAUGAUAUCUGGAGAAAAUGAGGAUUUAGAGGUGAAUACUGCAGCUUCAACUACUCUUAAUAUUGAUUCUAAAGUUGAAAAUGAAUCAAUACAGCCUCAACAACCAAAGCAGCCCCAACAAAAUUUAUCAAAGCUUGAAGCACUCUCUAAGGAUGACUUGAUUAAAUUGGUCAAGAAGCAGUUAUUAAAUCAGAAGGAGCUUAAAAGACAAUUGGAAGCCAGUAAAAACGAGAAUGAAGCUAAUGCAAAUCAAGUGAGAGAACUAUCCUCAAAAAUUGCCAUUUUUGAAGGGAAACAGGAUGGAACUUCAAUGCUUAUUGUUGAAUUGGAAGAUUAUAAAAAUGCUAGUGUUAAAAUGAAGAAAGAAUUACAGGACUGCAAAGAAAAAUUGGCUGAAAAGGAAGCUCUGAUUGAGGAACUUUCACAGCACAUUGCUACUUUACAUGAAGAAAAGGCUGAAACUAAUGAACAACUUCGUCAAAAAGGCAUUGAAUCAACAGAAUUAAAACAAUCAAUUGACGAAAAGUCCAAUUUAAUUGCUGAAAAUUCAAAAGAAAUUUCAUCAUUAUUAAUCCAAUUAAAUGAUUCAAGACAACAAAUGCAACAAGAAAUUAAUUUUUUAAACGAAUCUUUAUUAACAAAUUCUGCUGAAUUAAAAAAUGAGCAGCGAUCAAGUUCUGCUAGAUUUGCUGAAGUAAAAAGAUUAAAAUGUGAGAAUGAUACUUUGGUAGCGAGAAUUAAAUGUGUAGAGGAAGAAUUUAAAAAUUAUAAGGAACGUGCUGAAUUUGUAUUCAAAUCUUCGAAGGUUUCUGAUGUUCCUACCAAUGUUAAUUCAACUCUGUCUCAAGUGGUAGAUAACUCUGGUACAGACAAUGUGUCUUUUGACGGGGAAAUUGAUCAAUUACUUGAAUUGCUUAAACAACGUAAUGUCUUGAUUUCACAAUUAAGAACGAAAUGUUCAUUUUUGGAAGAAGAGGUCAAAAAUAGUCAAGAAUAUUCCAAAACUUUAUUGGAAGAAUUAAAUGCUUUGCACGAUUCAAUUUCACAAAUUCGUCGUCAAUCACAAUCAGAACGCCAGCGGACUAUUGGAGAAUUUGAACAAAAAUUAAAGAAAGAAGAAAUGCUUCGAAUCACUUUAGAAAAUGAUUUAAAAUUAAUUACUGGAAGGGAAAUUGUUGCAAUUAAAAAUCUAAAAGAAUUGAAGAUUGAAUGUGAACGCUUGGAAAGUGAAUUAGAAGAGGCGAAAAGAAAGAUUUUAUUAUUUGACGAGAAAAAGCUUACAACAUCUGACAAUUCGCCUCCUUUGCCUCAACAUUUUAUUCAAAAACAACAACGAAAAACUUCAAUUUCGAUCCAAAAGAAGAAUAUUAAUCAACAGCAAAAACAAUUUCCUAAACCUUUAAACUUAACAACAAAAAUUCCAACAGACUUUUCACAAAAUCAACAAUCAAGUUUUGAGGACGAGUUUAUUGGUAGAAAUGCUGUUAUAGGCGAUGAAGAUAAUGCCACAAUGAAUAGUGAAAGUUUAACUGAUUCACUUGAUGAUUUACAGUCAAUGUUGAGAGAGGCAGAAAUUGAGCCAAACAGGUUUUUAAAUGAUUAA